ACCACUGCAGUGCAGACAAGACUCUCUAUGCCGCACAAUACAACAGACAACAUGGGAGACUUCCAGCAGUUGGAGCAGGACUUCUACCAGACCGGGUACUACUUGGACCAGCAUGGCCGCGCCGUGGCCUUGGACUAUGACCAGUCUGCAAGUGAUCUUUAUAGCAACCAUGGACCAGAUGUUCCAGAACCUUCAACGGAGCUCUUCUACCAACCUGCUCAGGGCAAAGAAGCACAUUUUCCAGAUGUGGAGCCUCCACUUCUUCAAGAACUUGGCAUCAGUUUUGAUGACAUCUGGCAGAAGACGGUGACGGUGCUGAAUCCAUUCAAGCCUGCAGACGGCAGCAUUAUGAACCAAACAGAUUUGACGGGUCCCGUUUUAUUUUGUGUGGCACUGGGCUUGACUUUAAUGAUGGCGGGCAAGGUCCAGUUUGCCUACGUGUACGGGAUGAGCGCUAGCGGCUGCAUUGUCAUGUACACCCUGCUGAGUCUGAUGAGCGCUAUGUCCGUGUCUUUCGGCUGUGUGGCCAGCGUCCUGGGCUACUGCCUUCUGCCCAUGGCCGCCCUCUCUGCAUUUGCUGUCGUCUACUCUCUGCAGGGUGUCCUCGGCACAGUUCUGGCUCUGUUGGUGAUCUGUUGGUGCAGUUUCUCAGCCUCCAAGAUUUUCACCUCCACCCUGGCUAUGGACGGCCAGCAGCUGUUGGUGGCCUACCCAUGUGCCCUGCUCUAUGGGCUUUUUGCUUUACUGACAGUAUUCUAAAGACAACCUGUAGCAAUGCAGUGUGGUCUUUCAACACUUUUGCACUUUUUAGAAUAACUACAGGGUCAGUAUUGCUAAUACAGAUACUGAUACCAAUACUAAUUGAAUGACAUCGUAAUAUACCCUUAAUUUGGAUUGCCAUUUGGAUGGAUUCAUCCGCCACUAUUUUGAACUGUUCGAAUACAAUUCUAAAUCUUAUUUCUUCUCCUUUAUAAUAACAUGAAAUGCUCAGUCAUUCACAAACAAGGACGGGGCGAGGGUCACCACUUUGUCAACAAAUGCCUGAGCAAAUUGUUGAACAGUUUAAGAACAACCUUUCUCAAGCAGCUAUUGCAAGGAAUUUAGGGAUUUAACCAUCUAUGCUCCGUAAUAUCAUCAAAGGGUUGAGAGAAUGUGGAGAAAUCACUGCACGUAAGCAGCUAAGCCCGUGACUUUCCAUCCCUCAAGCUGUACUGCAUCAAAAAGCCACAUCAGUGUGUAAAGGAUAUCACCACAUGGGCUCAGGAACACUUCAGAAACCCACUGUCAGUAACUACAGUUGGUCGCUACAUCUGUAAGUGCAAGUUAAAACUCUCCUAUGCAAGGCGAAAACCGUUUAUCAACAACACCCAGAAACGCCGUCGGCUUCGCUGGGCCUGAGCUCAUCUAAGAUGGACUGAUACAAAGUGGAAAAGUGUUCUGUGGUCUGACGAGUCCACAUUUCUAAUUGUUUUUGGAAACUGUGGACGUCCAAAGAGGAAAAGAACCAUCCCGGAUUGUUCUAGGGUGAAAGUGUAAAAGGCAGCAUGUGUGAUGGUAUGGGGGUGUAUUAGUGGCCA